CUCCGUAUGGGCCUCGGCGGCGGCCAUGGGCGAAGCGGAGAGCUCGGCCGGGGCCGCGGAGGUGAAGCCCCCCUCCUCUGGCCUGGGCCCUGGGCCUGCUCCGGCUGCGAUGGAGCCCGGGUCUCAAGCAUCGUCGGAGGACGCGGCGGCGGCUGCGGCGGUCGUGAUGGCGGCCACGUCCGCGGCUCCUCCGCCGCCGCCGCCCCCUCCGCUGCUGCCUGUGCCGGUGGUGUGGAGCCCCGAAGUGGAGGUGUGCCUCUUCCACGCCAUGCUGGGCCACAAGCCCGUCGGUGUGAAUCGCCAUUUUCAUAUGAUCUGUAUCCGAGAUAUUAGUCAGAAUAUCGGGAGGCAAAUUUCUUCCAAAGUUAUCUGGGAUCACUUGAGCACGAUGUAUGACAUGCAGGCACUGCAUGAUUCAUGUCGGGAGAUUCUUCCUUUCCCCAACUCGGAAAAAAACUUCAUCCUCCCUGAAGAAAUCAUUCAGGAAGUAAAAGAAGGUAAAGUAAUGAUUGAAGACGAUAUGAAGGAAGAAAUAAAGGAAGAGAUGGAAGCGCACUCAGCUGCCGAAGAAGUAUAUGCUUCCCUGGGGAACCUGACAAAGGCCACCGAAAAACGCAGCAAAGAGAAGGAAAGGAGUUCCUCGGAGUCUGGAUCCAAAGAAGGAGGAGAUAAGAGGAAGCGGAACAGAGUCACAGAGAAGGUCUUAAAUGCAAACAGCCAUCCCUCCAGUCCCAGUGCGGCCAAAGGCGCAGGACAUAAAAAAGAAGGCAUAACAACUCUGGAGCAUAUCCUGCAGUCUGGACCAGGAAAAAGUGUAGUGUCCCCAGCUAGCCCAUCAGUGUCGAAUGGGGGAGACAAAGUGAGAUAAACUGGUCAUCACCCCUCUAAAGGAAGCAAUCGGUAGCUUUUGUCUUCCAAAUUUAGGAAGAGAGGGAGGCUUUACAGCAAAUGCCAAACAAGUCCGACAUUUCAUUUUUGCCGCAAAUGCAAACUACGUACUUAAGUCUCACAACUGGAUCCGUGGGAACCAAGGAGCAUCGGUUUUUUUUUUUAAUUUAAAUUUUUAUAGAGACUUCUGUGUUUUGAACUGGAGUGGCUCACCUUGGCGACUGCGGCACAAUUUUUGAUAAGCGGAAUCGGAACCUGCCAAAAGCAGCUGAGUUUUAUACAUCCUGGGAUCAGUCAGGCAUGUCGCCUGGUAGCAGGAGAGCCGAGUUCCCUGUAUAUUUGUAUAUAUGUAUGCAGUUUUUUUUUUAUUAUUAUUAUUCAUUAUUUAAUUUCUGAUCGUUUUUUUAAAGAAAAAGUAUUUUUUUGCAGAAAUUCUUCAAUAGGGGUUCGGGUAACUUUGCUAUUUAAGCUAUUUGGAAGUCAGUUUAGGUUUUUACUGAAAACGCGCUGAGUUUAUACGCACAGGUGUUAAAAAGACGAAUUCUCGUAGUGUUUCUGUAUGAUCCGAUAGUGAAAUUUCCUUCUCUGAAUUGGGGGAUGGGGAGGCGAAAACACCUUUUGUACGAAAAAGAGGAAUAGCUACAGUAACAUUCGACAUUCUGUUUGAAUAAAUUUCUGCUCUCCGAUAAAAUGAGUUUAGUCCAUUUCGUAUUUCUUCCCAACCCCUUUCAUUUUGCAAGCCUUCAUGAAGUCAUGUUGUUUCACCAAGUUCUAGAAUAGCUCAGUUUAUGGUCAGCUUAAUUCUUGCAAGCAGCCAGUGAUUUGUCUCCACCCUCUAGGCCAGGGGUAGCAAAACUCGAUUCCAUUGAGGGCCACAUCAGGGUGUGUUUGACCCUGGGGAGCUGGGUGGGCAUGGCCAGGGUUGACAUGGCCAGCUCAACACUCUUGUUGGGGGCUCUGUGGUGUCUCAAACCCUCUCCCAUGAAAAUGGGCUCCCAAGCUCCACUUUUGCCUGCGAUGGCCACCUACGACCCUCUGCCAGUGAAAAACAGAAUUCGGGAAAGCUGCAUGAGCUCCCUUUUUACUGGCAGAGGCACCGCGUGCGGGCAGAUCAGGCCCCCGGGCCUUGAGUUGACACCCCUGCUCUAGACGUCUGUUGAUUUCUCACCAUGCAACAGUUUUAGUUCUCGGCCAAUGACUGUAAUUGAGCCUGAAAUACAGACAUGUGACUGUGAACAGGGGGCGACUAUUGGAACUUUGGAAUUAGGGUCAUAAGUCUCUCUUUCCAGGAGAGAUUGUAAUUGCAACAUUCACAAAGCAGCCAGUCAUAAGUGGAGGACUACCUGUGUUCUUAACUGACCAUAUAUUUAUUUUAACCUCUCCAGAGUGGUGGGUGGCUUUAGAAAGGGACUAAAUAAGUAAUCCCUAAAAUUUGUGGCUUUGUAAAUCUUGAGGAACUGCUUUCAUUUGCAUCCACAGGGACCAAACACCUAAUUGGUCCGGUGGCAUAUAUUAUAAUGGCAUCAGAAAUAAAAUAAAACAACCAGUGCCUACUUCUUAACAUUUGCACAUCCAACAUCAGGAAGCAAAUGCAAAGUUUGCGUUGGGGUAAGAUGGCAGGUGUCUGUCAGGCACAAGAAAAUCAGAAGCCGGGAUAGAGCGCAAAAACACUACGAGUUUAUUCCAUGCUACUUAUAUAAGAAUCUGAUCUACCAACAGUCAAGGCUAAUUGGUGCCAGGUAAGAGUUAAUGGAUUUUUUGGGGGUGGGUGGGUGGAAGACUUUUGUUUCUUACCUCAGCGUAGUGAAUUCCAAACUGAUGAAUGCAUUUGACUCCACCUUCGUAAACAACCUGAUCAUCUACAGUCUCCUCAUUCUUGUUAUCAGCUGGACAGUUACUAAACAUUUUUUAUUAGCUGUGUAAAUUCAAUGCCACCUGACUUGGUUAAUAAGUGAAUUGGUUUUCUGAAUUGGCGCCAUUACACUGAAGCACAACUAACUAAAGACACCAAGAUUACCCAAAAGGU